AUGGGAGCCGCAUGUAUUGGCCUGGUCAAGAAGGAUCCCAUGUUACAACCGGGGGCAAGGAACCAGGACGCGGACCACCUGAGCCAGAAGAGCCCGUCGGCUUUCCGUCCAGAAGCAGCAUCAACUCCUGACGAAACGAGCAACGAGGGCCAUGACCACGAAUGGCGUGGAGUGCCCGCGAGGGCAUCUCCCAGGGCCGCCCAAGCAACGACGGGCGAUAUCCGCCUGUGUAGCACCAUUUCCAGCCGCACCAUGGACACAUUCUGGUUUCCGCAAUUAUCCCUAGGCUAUGAUGACACUCCGCGCAAGAUCCGGCGCGGCUUCCACUCCGAGAAGGAAAUGGUUUUUCUGGCCUGUUGCCGCCAAUACCCCAAGGCCGUUGGCUGGACGCUCCUAUUGUUUCUUACAGUCGUCAUGGAGGCAUACGACAAGUCGCUCAUAUCGGGCUUCCUCGCAUUCCCAGCCUUUCAACGCAGGUACGGGCAACCGGAGUCGACACCGGGGACAUCUGUGGGUAAUGGAUCGUACCAGAUUCCAGUGCCGUGGCAAAUCGGCCUGCACAACGCAGCGUUCGCCUGCGAGAUUAUUGGACUGCUGACCCACGGAUACAUUACCUAUAAUAUCGGAUACCGAAAGGUCAUGAUGGGCAGCCUGGUUUGGCUGUGCCUAUCUGUGUUCCCUGCCGUUUUUGCGAGAAAUAUCACCACUCUGCUGGUUUCACAAGCCUUGUGUGCUGAGGUUGUGCCCUCGGGCUUGCGGCCCUAUGUCUUGAGCAACAUUAACAUGUGUUGGGUUACCGGGCAGCUCCUGGGAACCGGUGUCCUCCGGGCUUUGGUGUAUAACAAUUCGGAAUGGUCUUAUCGGCUCCCGUUCGCCUUGCAAUGGGCCUGGGCAGUUCCCCUGCUAAUUGGCGUUUACUUUGCGCCCGAAAGCCCUUGGUGGUUUAUUCGCCAUGAGAGAGCGGCCGACGCCCGGCGGUCUCUUGGCCGACUUUGCAACCGGUCCGGCUCCCACAUCGACGACAGUAUAGCUCUGAUGGAGCACAUUAACAGGAUUGAGAAGGAGUUGAACUACGGCGGAGCAACGUAUUCAGACUUGUUUAAAGGUGUCAAUCGCCGUCGCACCGAGAUAUCGUGUGUGGUCUGGAUGUGUCAGGCACUCUCUGGCGGCGUUUUGACCGCCGUCGCAGCAUACUUCUUUGAACAGGCUGGCUUCGACCCUUCCGACUCUUUCAGCCUCUCUACUGGGAUGUAUGGCAUGGCCCUGAUUGCGGGUAUCAUUUCAUGGGGCCUUUUAUUCAAGAUAGGUCGUCGAAAACUGUACAUUUUCGGCCUGGCGUCGGCGGUUGCGUUCUUGACUGCCGGCGGAAUAGUGUCGGUGGUGUCGGCAGGAAGUAACGGGGCUGAUUGGGCUUUGGGCGCCCUCAUCAUCCUCAUGACGUUUACCUACGAUCUGACCAUAGGCCCCGUGUGCUACGUCGUCGUGGCGGAAAUUCCAUCGACGCGUCUGCGGGUCAAGACUGUUGCUUUGGCCAGGGUGGCAUAUAAUGCCGCCAUGAUUGUUAACACUGCUCUAGUGCCGAAAAUGCUCAAUCCUACGGCGUGGGACAUAGCAGGCAAAUCGUGUUUUGUAUACGUCGGCACGGCCCUCUGUUGCCUUGUGUGGUGCUAUUUUCGACUACCAGAAACGAAGGGGUUGUCGUAUCUUGAACUGGAUAUAUUAUUUGAGAAGAAGGCCCCGGCACGAAAGUUCAGCCAAGUUCAGGAUAGGCUCGCCAAGUCCGCGUAUCUUACUGCUUCACACGCCGAGCGACUCACAGAUGCCUGGCACGGGUGGUUAGCGUAUUCUUAG